AUGGAGUUCAUCUUGGAGCCAACUCUGGCGGCCAUGUCGGUGUCGCAGCUGGGCACUGAAGCGGACCUCGUGCUUGUGGUUACACAAAUGCUGCAGGCGGCCCUGGUGCUCUCCCCUGGUGGUGCCCACAUCAGAGUGGCAGAAUGUUCCGCAGCGGAGGAGGUCGCCCUUAUCAAGGAGAAAGACCGUGAGGAGUUCAUGCGCUACGAGAAGGGCGUCCGGGCAGGCAGCUUCGGGGGCGGCGUGGCAGUCCAGGUGGUGCGGCGGCAGGAGCGGACACGUCACAUCCUAUACACAGGAGCCAUUGUGGUGAAGAUGCGAAGUUGGAGCUGCCUGGAGGCCCACAUUUAUCAGGCCAGCAAGGAGGCCUUUGCCAUGUGGUGCCACAAUGCGAUGCACCAGAGCUACGAGCCGGUGUGGGUGGUGCUGACAGACCUUGAAAAGGUGUGCGAUUUGCGGACGCUGACCCUCAUCAUCCCGGACAGGUGGAUACGCUCCAACCAGCUCUUUAUCGAGGACGGCGGCGUGUUUCGCUGCUGCGAUCGAAGCUCGCGCUCAGCUUUUACCGCUUUCAUCAGCGGGCUGAUGGGUGCAUCUCCUCCCAGCUUGGCUGCCCUUCGUGAGCGCGCCGACCAGCACAAGGAGAAGUCCAAGCAGCUGCUUGAGCUUGCAAUGGAACCGCUGCCCGCAACCAAGAAGCCAAGACUGGACGACUGA